AUGUCCCAUAUAUCAUUUAAAGGCUGUGGCCUCUUUGGCCGUACCGACGGUUUCCAGCUCGACGUCUCCUCGUGCCAAACGAUUGUCGCAGCGUUGGUUUUUGCGACGGGCGGGCUCUUCCUCCUGAACAAGAGCUUCAGCUUCCUAAGAGCUCUGUUCAGUAUUUUCAUACUCCCAGGAAAACCAUUGAGCAGCUUUGGCCCCAAGGGCAGCUGGGCCCUCGUUACCGGUGCCUCCGAUGGAAUCGGCAAAGAGUACGCCCUCCAGAUUGCCCGAAAGGGCUAUAACAUCAUCCUCGUUUCACGAUCGGAAUCCAAGCUCUCGGCUGUAGCCUCCGAGAUCAGCUCCGCCAACCCCAAAAUCAUGACCAAAACCGUUUCAAUGGACUUUUCCCAAGAUAACGACGAAGAUUAUGAGAAACUCAAGGAUGUGAUCAAAGGGCUCGAUAUCUCUAUUCUAAUCAACAAUGUCGGUCUGAGUCAUAGCAUUCCGGUGCCUUUCGUCCAAACCCCGGAGAAGGAAAUGAAAGAUAUCAUCACUAUCAAUUGUCUCGGCACAUUGCGCGUCACACAGCUUGUUGCUCCCGGAAUGAUCCAGCGCAAACGCGGUCUGAUUCUCACUAUGGGAUCCUUUGGUGGCCUCCUACCUACUCCUCUCCUUGCCACAUACUCUGGCAGCAAGGCGUUCUUACAGCACUGGUCUACUGCCCUUGCUUCUGAAUUGGAACCGCAUAAUGUUCGUGUUGAGCUUGUUAUCAGCUAUCUCGUCACGUCUGCCAUGUCCAAGAUUCGCAGAGCUUCGAUGAUGAUACCGAACCCGAAGAAUUUUGUUCGGUCGGUGCUCGGCCAUCUAGGGCGCGGUGCGGGUUUAUCUUCGUAUUCGAAUACGUCCGUGCCAUACUGGACUCAUGGACUCAUGGCAUGGGGUAUUACUUCGUUCUUGGGUGCAAUGAGCAAAACAGUCCUUGGUAUCAACAAAUCGAUGCACCAAUCCAUCCGACAACGAGCGCUGCGCAAAGCCGAAAGGGAAAGAGGCAAGAAAGCACAGUAA